ACCUGUCUCCCUGUUGCUCCCGUGACGCCUCGCUCAGAAAAAAACAAAACAAAGACUUGGACUCGCUUGGACAACUCGUUCUCGCGGAAAAUAUUGUGUGGAAUCCUGAUGUUUACAUUCGUCGUCGGGACUUUUUCAGUUUGGAAUUGAUUCAUGUGGUGUCGGACUCCUGGGACUUUGACCUCGGUGAGCCACCUGUCUCGAACAAGGAAGUCCUGUGGGGAGCUACUGUCGAUAGAAGCCGCGGCUCGUUAAUAAAUGACUGUAAAUGCGCGCUGGUGGGAAGCUUUAAUUCAUCUUACACAAUCGACCUCGGCCUCUUCCGGACUUGUCCUGGACACUUGUCACCAACUUGAGUAGAGCCUCUUCGUUUCAGAUGAACAUCACUUCAGGAGACAUGGAGCUCUCAACUGAUAACUACUCCAUCCCUCACCUGGAUACACCGAUUCUCUCGGACAAGGCAGACGCCUCGAACGUAACCAUCAUUCAAACCAGCAACGGCACUUUGAUCCAAGACCACAUUUUUCUGAACACAGUAGCCGCACGAACAAUAUCAGGGAUAUUCGUCUGGUCCGCUCUCAUCAUCACCUGCCACCAGAUCUACACACACCUUCGGUCCUACACCGUCCCGAACGAACAGCGCUACAUCAUUCGCAUCUUGUUCAUCGUGCCUGUGUAUGCCUUCGACUCCUGGCUCAGUCUGCUCUUCAUCGGCAACAACCAGUACUACGUCUACUUCGACUCCAUCAGAGACUGCUAUGAAGCAUUUGUUAUUUACAAUUUCCUCAGCUUGUCCUUCGAGUAUCUGGGAGGGGAGAGCGCUAUCAUGUCCGAGAUCCGAGGGAAGCCCAUCCAGUCAAGCUGUAUGUACGGCACCUGCUGUCUGGUCGGAAUGAGCUACUCCAUCGGCUUUUUAAGAUUCUGCAAACAGGCAACCCUCCAGUUCUGUGUGGUGAAGCCCAUCAUGGCGGUCAUCACCAUCAUCCUUCAGGCCUUUGGCAAAUACCACGACGGUGAUUUCAACGUGAACGGAGGAUACCUGUACAUCACCAUCAUCUACAACAUCUCCGUCAGCUUGUCCCUCUACGCGCUCUUCCUCUUCUUCUUCGCCACCAGCGACCUCCUCCGGCCGUACGAACCUGUGCUCAAGUUCCUGACCAUCAAGUCUGUCAUCUUCCUUUCUUUCUGGCAAGGAAUGGUCCUGGCCAUCCUGGAAAAAUGCGGCGUCAUUCCGAAUGCCCUUUUCAUUGAAGGGUUUGAGGUCGGCGCCGGCACAGUGGCAGCCGGCUGGCAGAACUUCAUCAUCUGCAUUGAGAUGUUCUUCGCCGCCAUCGCCCUCCGAUACGCUUUCACCUGUGACGUCUACCAGGAGAAGAAAAAUGAGGUUCCUGAGAACAUCCCCCCCAUGCACAGCAUCUCCAGCGGGCUCAAGGAGACCAUCAACCCGGGAGACAUGGUGCAGGACGCCAUCCACAACUUCUCCCCGGCCUACCAGCAGUACACCAUGCAGUCCACGCAGGAGGUCGUCCAGCCCUGCCCCAACGGCAAAGUGCCCACAGGAGGCGUCAAGACCUCCCGCAAGUCCGACAAGAUCAUGCUCAUCACCUCCGACGACGAGUUUUAGAAGCUCCUGGACUCGACAUCAGUAGCCCACAUGCUAAAUGUACAGAAGUAUUCUUGAGUAUCGUGAGGUGACAGCUGAGCUGGAAGAACACGCGGGAGAUGAUGAGCGCGGCUCUGGCAUAUGGAGGUACGUGGCCAAAGAUUUUGCUAAGAGUUCCAAGCAGUGCGAUGGUGACCACCCAUUCAUCCGCAUGUCACUGAAUAUUGAUGAUUCAGCAUAUAUGACAGCAGGUUUGUAGCUUCUGCAUUAUUGUAAAUGUUUAUUUUGGCUGCACCUUCUUUCGCCUGGCUUUUUUUUUUUUAAAUCCAGGGACUCGUGUACAGUACAUGAUCAUGUGUUUGGAGUAGUUUUAAUUUACGUGUCGCAGGUGACGUCUUUAUGGAUUAUCGAUCUGUUUAACAAGCACCAUCGCUGAAGUCGUGGUCAUGCUCUUUCGUUCCCUUGGUGUUCGUGUCCGUUUCCCCUCGCGUGCCAACGAUCGCUGCCUUUUUUGGGGAAACGGUUCCAUAUUUAAAGAAGACAAAUAGACUUGUUUCUUACUGCACUUGUAUGAAAUAAAUGUUUUUUGAUCGUGUUUACCAAAAUGAGUGGAGUCGCUUUAUGAAGACGGGAAAAAAAGCUUUAUUUAAUUGUACAAAAAAAAAAAAACAAAAAAAAAAAACACACACACACAGCAGACAUAUUUAAAAGGAAUAAUUUACCAAAUUUAAAUCAAGGAAGAGACAAAAACUAUUUAUACAUGAGUGUAGAUCAUUGAAAAAAAAUAAUUUAGGUGUAUUUUGUCAUUAAAAAAAAAAAAAAAAAAAUGACACAAAUCAACAAAAUAAAUACAUGACAAGUGACGGGUGUGUUUUAGUUCUUGCUGCCACACGACUGUUUUUAAAAAAAUGUUUUUACUCAGCAUAGAAAGUAUUUUAUCCCAACACCAUUAACAUAACCAGCUCCACUACUAUUCAGCUGUUUCUACUCAGUUAAAUACUGUAGCUUGACGCACUGUUUCAGCUUUUGUGUGGAAGCUUAUUCAAUUUCUUCUACAACA